AUGUCUCGCAAUAUCACUUUCAAAUUGAGCAACGAUGUCACCAUUCCGGGGUUGGGUUUCGGUACCUUUUCCAACGAAGGAUCGAAGGGAGAGGCGUACAAAGCUGUGCUUCAUGCACUGCGGACCGGGUACAGGCAUCUGGACUGCGCCUGGUUCUAUUUGAACGAGGAUGAGAUUGGACAAGCCAUCCAGGAUUUCCUCAAGGAGAACACCAGCGUGAAGCGAUCCGAUUUGUUCAUCACUACCAAGGUCUGGAAUCACUUGCAUGAAAAAGACGAGGUGGCAUGGUCUUUAGAAAACUCGCUGAGGAACCUCCAAUUGGACUAUGUCGACCUUUUCCUAGUUCACUGGCCAAUCGCCAGUGAAAGGGAUGACAAGUACAUGCCAAAGAUUGGCCCUGACGGCAAGUAUGUGACCAAAAAGAACCUGACCGAAAAUCCGGAGCCUACAUGGCGGGCAAUGGAGGAGCUGUAUGAAUCUGGCAAAGCGAAAUCGAUCGGAUUAUCGAACUUUACCAUUCCAGGCGUAAAGCAGAUUCUAUCGUUCGCAAAAAUACCUCCUCAGGUCAACCAGAUCGAAAUCCAUCCAUUCCUUCCGAACACGGAGCUUGUCGACUUUUGUUUGUCGAAGAAUAUUAUGCCAGAAGCAUACUCGCCACUCGGUUCUCAAAAUCAAGUUCCGACAACUGGCGAAAAGGUCGGAACCAACCCAAUACUGAAUGAGAUUGCGAAUAAGGGUGGUCACACCUUGGCCCAGGUAUUGAUAGCCUGGGGACAGAGACGAGGGUAUGUGGUUCUACCAAAGAGCUCAAACCCUCAACGAAUCGAGAGUAACUUCAAGGAAAUCGAGCUAUCCGACGAAGAAUUUGAGGCUGUCAAUAAGGUGUCGGAGGGUAGACACACGCGGUUCGUUAACAUGAAGGACACCUUUGGCUAUGACGUUUGGCCAGAGGAGGCCACGGAGUAA